UCACGGUGGCUACCCCCAGUGACAGGCACAUGCACAACAGCCUGGAUAUCAGGGAAUAGGAGCUUCCGACAUCAGCGCACACCCAUCCAACGGCGCAAGGGACUGAAGAAGCGCACAGACUUCAUCCAAGAUGGCGUUAGCCAGAGAUUCGGGGACAAGCACGGACCAGAAGGAUGCAGCUGACCAAAACUUUGACUACAUGUUCAAGCUGCUGAUCAUCGGCAACAGCAGCGUGGGCAAGACCUCCUUCCUGUUCCGCUACGCAGACAACUCCUUCACUUCAGCCUUUGUCAGCACAGUGGGCAUUGAUUUCAAAGUGAAAACUAUCUACAGGAACGAAAAGAGGGUCAAACUACAGAUCUGGGACACGGCCGGGCAGGAGCGUUACCGGACCAUCACCACUGCGUAUUACAGAGGAGCCAUGGGAUUCCUGCUUAUGUAUGAUAUCACGAGCCAAGAGUCGUUCUGCGCCGUUCAGGACUGGGCAACUCAGAUCAAGACGUACUCGUGGGACAACGCUCAGGUCGUGCUGGUCGGCAAUAAGCUGGACUUGCAAGAAGACAGGCAGGUGCCAACUGAGGACGCCCAGAGACUGGCUACAGAGCUUGGCUUCCAGUUCUUCGAGGCCAGCGCCAAAGACAACAUCAACGUGAAGCACGUCUUUGAGAAGCUGGUGGACAUCAUCUGUGAGAAGAUGAACGACGGCAUGAACGGUGACGCCGGUCUGUCGGCCACUUCCAAGGGGGAUGGGCUGAAGGACACGCCCAGCCAGGGUGGCUGCGCAUGCUGAGAGCUGAUGAUGGAAUUUCAUUGACUGCUGUUCCACAUCUACUCUCACACACACACACACACACACAAUUAAUUGCCAAAAAACCUGUCAUUGUGAAGAUACUGCAAUAUGAAAGCUUGAUUUUUCAGAUUUUUUCUGUUGUUGUUGUUGCCGUCUCUCAUCUUGGCGGCGUCUCCAGUGCUUCCGCAUCAUUUGAGUGUGACUGUUACACUGAGAUGUCAGAGAGCUGUGUUUAGCAGCGGUGCCUUCUGCCCUACGCCUUUACUCUUUUAUUUCUUGCUGAGCAGGUGAGUGAGUGAGUGAGUGUACACCUGUUGCAGGGGAGGGAUGUGUACUAAAGGAGGCAUGAACCAAAAUCUGCAAUUUACUUGUGUCUUGCUGCCCCCUUGUGGGCGUCACCUAAAAAUGCUUCACUCCUUGCCCACACUUUAUGUCAAUUCCUGGUCUCUGUGUUUAAAUCAGUGUUUUAGAGGGAUGUUGUUGUUUUAUUUUAAUUUAUACUUUUUUUUCUUUUUUGUACUUGUGUUAUGGUUAAUGCUGGUCCAUUGUUUCCUUUUGCCAGGUGUAUUCUGUCAGUCUAUAAAAGUUUAAAUUAAAAGACUUGGAUCAAUA